CCGCCCCCUCCUCCUCACCCCCAUCCUCCCCCAAUUUCUAUCGACAACCCCGCUGUCCGCCCUCCUUCCGACGAGGUACGGACGAUAUUCAUUUCGGGUUUGCCUGAGGAUGUCAAAGAAAGGGAGCUUCAGAAUUUGCUGAGAUGGCUGCCGGGGUAUGAGGCGUCACAGGUGAACUUCAAAGGAGAGCAUCCAAUGGGAUUUGCACUUUUUGCUACUGCACAGCAUGCUCUUGCCGCCAAAGAUGCGCUUCAGGAUAUGGUGUUUGAUGCGGAGUCAAAGUCGGUUUUGCACACUGAGAUGGCAAAGAAGAAUCUCUUUGUGAAAAGGGGGAUAGUUGCUGAUUCAAAUGCUUAUGACCAGAGUAAACGCAUGCGGACUGGUGGUGAUUAUACACACACUGCUUAUUCGACAUCUCCUUUUCAUCCUCCACCACCAGCUGUUUGGGGACCACACGGGUAUAUGGCCCCGCCUCCUCCCCCUUAUGAUCCAUAUGCAGGUUAUGGAGUUCCUGCUGUGCCAAUGCCUGCUCCAGCUCCUGUACCUGCACCAAGCAGUUAUGUACCUGUCCAGAAUACCAAAGACAACCCUCCUUGCAAUACCCUUUUCAUUGGCAAUCUUGGUGAGAAUAUUAAUGAAGAAGAACUGCGGGGUCUUUUCAGUGCCCAGCCUGGUUUUAAGCAGAUGAAAAUAUUAAGACAGGAAAGACACACUGUUUGCUUCAUUGAAUUUGAAGACGUAAACAGUGCCACUAAUGUGCACCAUAGCUUGCAGGGUGCUGUUAUCCCCAGUUCUGGUUCUGUGGGAAUGCGAAUUCAAUAUUCAAAGAAUCCAUUUGGGAAAAGAAAGGACUCGAGCUACCCUGCUGCUGCCCCCAGUGUGAAUGGAGUUCCGCCUUCAAUGACCUACCAGUAGCUGGAAGGGGAUGUAUCCUGUUUCUUAUGCCCUGACCAAAUACAAGCACUGCAUGAUAGGAUGCAUCAUGCAAGCUGUUGCAUGCAUCCAUUCAUCAUCAAGUCAUCAAACAUUAGCAUCUCCAUAUAUGUGAAUGCAGUCCGUGCCAAACAUUUUGUUGAUCCACUACUUACUAGACAUGCAUUCAAGGCAUGCCACCUCUGGAUGAUUUGUUAUCCUAUUGUGCUCUGUUACAUGGUAUCUAAGAUUGCAUGGUAUUGUAGUCCUGUAAAAUCUGUGUGCUAUUAUCUCACAAUCUUUAUUCUGACAUCGGAAAUCGACUCCUUGAAGGAAAAUGCAUUUCAAGUGAACUGGCUAGUAUCUAUGGUUUAUCAUAGAUCAAAUCAUGAAAACACAUUUUCAUCUCAUUUUGAUGAAGAUACCUCAUGACAUGAUCAUUUCAUUUCAUUAAGUGAGCACCUAGAAGUAUUUAACAUAGUUCAUCCUACUUUUUCAAUGAUAAAACCAUCACCAUCAUUCCUCAUCAGGCAUCAUAUGAAAUUGAAUCUCCACUAGAACCUGUAAGUAAGCCAAUUACAAUACUACCUCACCAUCCAGGAUCAAACCAUAGACUAUUGGAGGGUCUUCGAAGACCUAAGGUUAUUGCAGGUUUUCAACGACAGGAGGAUGGCCGAGUUGCGGAUGUGCAGAACUGCCUAUGUCUGUUUGCUGUAAUGCAACAAGUAGAACUAGCUUGUGGGUCUUGGAGCAAAAGUCGCACAACCGAAGGUUGUGUGAUAAUUGUUUAUUAUUUUUUUGUUUUUGUUUUUUCCAGCCUGCAAUGCUUUAUUGACUGCAAUAUAUGGAAUAUUUCAUCUUGGUCGGUA